AUGAUAUUAGAUUAAGAAAAUCUUAUUAUCUUGGCAUUUAUUGUGGUUUCACUCUUUUUUGUCAAAGGCCCCAGCAUUUCAUAUUAUUGGUUUAUCAUUAAUGGAAUAUGGAUUCAUAUUUAUCUUGAUGGAUUGGUCGGUUUAUGUCAAAUGAAUAAAUGGCUCUUUGCUUAGUACAGUUAAUUAGAUGCUAGAUAUCCAGAGAAGGAGCUAACAGUAAUAGUUGUGACAGGUAUAGAAUUGGUAUUUAUGGGGCCAAUGUGUAUAUGGAUUGCAAUUAGAUAAAGAUCUAAGGCAAAUCCUAUAUUGACAGCAAUAUUAAUUACUUUUGUUUCAGCUGUCUAGAUUAUGGGAACUGUGCUGUUUAUAGUCAAUGCAUGGCUUAGAGACUUCGUAGAUGUAUGUCAUGGAAGUUGUUUUUCAUUUACAUAAUCCAAUAUAUUUUAUUUUUGGUUUGUCUUUGUAAUAGUAAACCAAAUUUGGAUUGUCGUUCCACUUUAAUAAAUUUUCUUAUAGUACAAGGAAUUAAAAAAUAUUCAAGGAGACAAAAACAACAAAAAAGUAAAAUGAAUUUUAAUAUAAAAUAAAUAUCUAUGAUAUUAAUUCUUAUAUUCGGUUUUA